AAACGAAUCAUGGAGAACAGAGAAAUUGAAGAUUCUUCUAAACUUAAACAUCCCAUCAAAUCGCAUAAAUCUACAGCUACACAGGCUUAUUUCAAUUUUAUUAAAUCAAAUCUUGGAAUUGGUAUCCAUUUUGUUAGAUUUCUUAAGGUGUUAUUGUUCUCCCGGUUGUCACCUAUCAAGUUGGAUUGCUGUGGUCUAUUUUCUUAUUCGUUCCAAUCGCCUUCAGUUGCACAAAGUAAAUUAGCCAACCUAUAUUAUAGAUCAAGCCAAUUCAUGAUAGAAAUUGCAGAUGACUUGAACACAGAAAAUAUUCUCUAUGCAGACAUCAUCAAACUAACACUGGGAUCUCUGUGGGCUCACAUUUUGGAUAUUGCCAUAAUAUUGCAAUUGAUUGGACUUUGCAUUGCCUAUUUGAUAUUUCUGACUGAAUCCUUGGCUCAAUCCUUGCAUCAAAUCAGUAUUGAAAUGACCAAAUUAUAAUGCCUCCUAAUCACAUUAAUUAUAGUGAUUCCCUUAUCAUUUGUAAGAAAAAUUCAUUUUUUUCACUCAACCAGCAAAUACGGUUUUUAUUGUGCUUUGGCCUCCUUCUGCAUCAUACUCUACGACUGCCAAGGGAGACUCUCCUUAAUUGACAAUUUCCAAUUCUCUAAUUUAAUCAACAUCAAAAGUAAUUAUUAUAAUAAUAAAUUAAUUAGACACCUUUAAUUAUGUGGGAGUGGCCAUUCUUUGUUGCGAAGGAAUAUUUACAGUUUUGCCUAUCAGAGACAGCAUGAAGAAUAAAUUUGAAUUUAAAUCUGUUGCUUCCAAGAGUUUGAUGACAGCUUUUUGCAUCUCAAUCUUUUUGUCCCUAAUCACCUCGUCCACAUACCAAUAAGAAACACAAUCUAUAGUACUAUUUAGCAUUCAAGUACUUAUUAAUAAUUGACAAAAGAACCCAAUUUUAGAAGUCGUUUCAUUGAUCUUAUACUCCAUUAGCUUGUUAUUGACCUUUCCACUCCAACUCUUCCCAGCUGUCCAGAUUGUUGAAACCAUGCUUCAAAAGAACAUGUUCGAGUAUGCCAGCUUCCAUGACAUUGAAGAAAACUCGAAUGAAGGAUCUCCCACUUAGAAGAUUGAGAAAUCAACUUGCGACAAGAUUGAAAAUAUUACAUGCGAAAAGGAUGAUCUAGUAUUUGAAGAUAGACUCCUCUAAAGUAGUAUAAGAAGCAUGUUGAUGCUCACUAUUUAUUUUAUUGCAUAUUAUGUGCCUCAUCUAUCGCACUUUUUGAAUUUGAUUGGAAGCAUUUUUGGAUCCUUAUUACAAGUAUUAUUAUUAUUUUCAUCAUUUUAGUUUUGUUUCCCUGUACUAGUUCAUAUUAUUUAUUUCAAGAACUCUAAAUCAACUAAACCUGUCAUUCAAUAUUCAAUAAUUUUGAUUGUUUCAAUUUUAGCUAUUGUCUUGGGCACAGCUGAAUCAUUAAAGCAUCUACUUUGA